GAAGCUGAAAUCCGUGGGUGUGCAAAUAAUUACUGGCUUUGGCGGGACUUUUAUUUCAAGCAGCAGAGAGCGAGAGAGAGAGAGAGGCUAUAAAUUAGGUUAGGGCACCAAAAAAUUGAAAAAUUGAAGUUUCAAAAAGUCAUCUCUGUGAACAUGUUGAGGGGAAGAGAAAGCUUGAUCCGAUUGGUGGGCAAACGCCGGCGCUUCCUUCCCCACCGUCAAUCACUCCUCUCCUCCCCUACACAGAGCUCUAUGAAUCUGUGCACUGAUGAAAAUGGUAAAAUCACUGGAAACAUUGAGACUGUUGUGGGUGGAGGGGUUGCAGAUGAUGAGAGUGUUACUUGCCCUGUUUGCGGCCAACAAGUCAGUGGCCAAAACAACAUCAUCAAUUCUCAUCUCGAUGUAUGUCUAUCAAGGGGAACCAAGCGGAAGAUGACCCAGCGCACACUUCUAGAGUUGAACUUUUGCCCAGAUUCAAAAGUUCAAGCUCGUUCCCGUGACUUGGAAGAGUUAGGAAAUGAGUUAUUUCAUGCAGUCCAUGAUGACGGUAGUGUACAGAGUGUUCAUGGUUUUUCUGAUGACAGCCUCUGUGGUUCAUCAUUGAAUACAAUGUCUGAUAUGCAAAAUCAGGUUAAUAGUCCAUCUAGAAAACCAAUCAGUAAGGAUAGGGUAAAUGCCGCUUUUGAUGCUCACUCACUGGCCCCAAAGAAUGAGGUGAUGGAUUGUGACAUGACAAUCACAGAGGAUGACAUAUGUAGGGUCAUUCUUGAGACUUUUAUUGUUGGCCGUAGAUUUAGUGAUGAAAAUGAAUUAUAUCUUGGUGCAAACAUUUCUCUUUUAAGAGACCCUGACAAUGUUAAAGAUCCCAAUGCCAUUAAGGUUAUCUCUUCUGAUUCAGGAUGCCCUAAAGUGCUUGGUUUUCUCCCUCGCAAGCUGGCUCAGUAUUUGUCUCCUCUGAUGGAGAGGUACUGCCUACAGUUUGAGGGACGUGUGAUCUCUGUUCCAAAGCAUGCUAUCGAUGUUGUUCCUAUAGAGAUCAUGUCCCAGAAGACUGAACCAUGUAGUGCCAAGGAAUAUUAUAAUGAUGAGGCUUUCGUAUUUUUGUGGAAAAAUGCCCAGCAAGUAAUUGAAUCUACAAAGUCCUGUCCACCUAGUGCCAUAAAGUAUCAGGAAAACUUUUGUAUUUUCAUACAUGAGGUUUUGAGAAACAAUUCUCACCUCUUGAUAGAUGAUGAAAAGAAUUUCAUGGAGUUGUAUACUUCAUUGACGGAUGAUAGUCAGAGGCUAUUUGUACGGCUCUAUAUGCGGAAAGGGCCAUGGUUUCGGCUAUCUUCUAUUUCAUACCCAGAAGUAACGGAACCUGAACAAGCAGUUAAAGAGCUAUCUGCUACAGGCUAUACAUCUUGCUUUGGCAUUACAAAUGAACUAUGUGAUGAUGAAAUAAAAGAGAUUCUGCAAUUGCUCACUGUAUCUGAACUCCGGGAAAUUUUAUGCAUGCUUAAGCAGAAUGGCAAUCGUGGCAUGAGAAAGCAGGAUCUUAUUGCAUCUCUUCUUUCUUUGUACAUAGAUGAGUCAUGCACUUUACUGCCUAAUAUGGUGUUGGAUCGAACAGGUGUUUGUGUUCGGAUAUCCUCGAAAGCGGAGUCCCUCAUCUGGCGUGCUGAGAGACUUUUCUUCCUGAAUGGAGAACAGGAUUUGUCAGCAUUUCUACUAGUGGAUUUGGGAAUAGUCAAGUAUCCAACUUACAAGUGCACAGUAUCACAACAAAUUUUCUCAGGUCGAGAUGGCUUGCUUGCUUAUGAAGAGGCCAUUGAAGUGGCACAGAUAAUUGAUCAAGCUCUUGAUGGAAGCAACAAUGGAAUGGUGUUGAAAUGCAUAAGGAUAGCUGAUGCUCGUAUGUCUAGUGAAGUAACUCAAUUCUUAACUUCUGAAUCAAUGGCUCCAUUUCUGUCCUGCUUCUCUGCUCCGCAUGUCUACUCAAAAGUGGUUUUACUAGGAAUCUCCUUUCUAGAGCGUGAGCAUAGGUAUAGUGAUGCAAUAUAUUUACUGAAGCGGCUGCUAAAGUGCUUCACUUGUGAUGGUCGAAGGGGAUACUGGACACUAAGGUUAUCAAUUGACUUAGAGCACAUGGGCUAUCUGAAUGAGAGCCUUUCAGUUGCCGAAAAUGGGUUACUAGAUCAAUGGGUACGUGCUGGUUCAAGAGUGGCACUUCAAAGGAGAGUCCUUCGCUUAGGAAAACCACCAAGGCGAUGGAAAACACCUAGUUUUGCAGAGUCUGUCAAGCGGAAGAUUGUGGAGGUUCAUGUACAAGGGAGACCUCUAAAUUCCGUGAUUGGUAUGAAGAGCAGGUUUUAUGGAGAAGAUGGAGAGCAAUGUGGGGUAGAGCAGCUAGCGUUGCAGCAUUAUGCUGGGGAGGGAUGGCAGGGUGUUCAUUCAGAGAGUGGCAUUUGGUUGACUAUUUUUGGGCUUCUUAUGUGGGAUAUUAUAUUUUCUGAUAUACCAAAUGUUUUCCGCACCAGAUUUCAGAUUGCUCCCUUGGAUUUGCAAACUGAUAGCUUUUAUCUGGUGAGAAAGAGCCAUAUGGAAUCUCACCUACAGAAAAUUCAUGAUGGCAUGGCUGAGGAGAUCCUCAUCACUUCAUGGGAGUUACACGAAGGAACAUCAUGCAGAGGAGUUAAUUGGGACCACCAUUCCCUGUCCGAGCUUCGAGCAGCUGUUACGUGCAUUGGUGGCCCUUGUUUGGCCUCAUUCUGUCGACAUCUAGCACAAGAUUAUCGCAGCUGGUCAAGUGGAAUGCCAGAUUUACUGCUGUGGCGCUUCCAUGGGAAAUACAAAGGCGAAGCCAAGCUUGUAGAAGUUAAAGGCCCCAGGGAUAGACUCUCUGAACAGCAGCGAGCAUGGCUGCUGCUUUUAAUGGACUGUGGGUUCAACGCUGAGGAGUUUAUCGGUCAAUCACCAGAGUAAUUAUGGGACAAUGUUAGGAGUAGAAGAGCCCAAUGCAGCAUGGAAAGAAGUUGAUUAUGAUUGUUAAGUAGGUCCCAGUUGAUCUUUCUCAGGUGGGAUAGACGCUUUUUCCUGCAGAUAUGGAAAUGAUGGUCAUUGCGCGAGUUGUUGGAUGACAUUAGAAGUUAUGUCCCCAGGCACGUAUGCUACUCCAUUUACUUGGACUUAUUUUUAGAAAACGGCCAUUUAUCAAUUUUAUGAGACAUUUCUGGAGAUAAUUUUCCCGGAAAGUGGAGGAAUGGUUCACAAUGUUGUUGCAUUCAUUAUUGAGAAGCAGGCAGCAGGUGAAAUACUUGUAUGUGACUCUCCUUUGGCAGUGGUUUGGUGAAGAUAUGAGCCACUUAAUCUUCUGUUUUGCAGUAGAGGAGUUGAACCACAUCUUUCUACGAUGCAUCUCUAAUAAAGUGGUAUUUCCUCUUGA